GGGGGAAGACUGCUCACUGGCUGUUGUUGUUUACCCGCGGCCAGCGUGACGGGUGACAGGUGGCUAGCGUGACGGGUGACAGGUGGCCAGCGUGACGGGUGACAGGAAACAACGACAGCCACAAGCAACCUGUACAGCUGGGGCUAUAGAGGCAGUAGUUCCAUGGCCUAACCAGCCCCUGAAACACUGAAGAAGGAGAAGGAGGCGUGACUGAUAUAUAGUUUGAAGAUGGAUGGUGGGCCACUGCCAGAGACACGUCAAGUGUUAUGCCAACACCUGCGUGCCAAAGUUCAUUAUCUCCAUCCGGCUCUUGUUGAUCAGAUAACUGACACACUGACGGCUAACAAAUCAAACAAGGAGAUUAUAAACUUGUUAACAUCUGACACUCUCCUGGAAGAAAGUUUGGAAAAAAUUGUCUCAUUCACAGAGCCAACACCGGAGGUUCGGGAGUCGCUAGGAGUGGCACUGUUUCAAGCCGUCUCUCAAGUGGAGCAGGAGCUGUGUGCCCAGCAGGUGACUGGUAUGUUGCUGGAACUUCCCAUCCCUUCAGUGACACAGCUCUUGGCAGAUCGUGAACUGCUAGCAGAGGCAGUGACGAAGUCCCGGGAAGAGUACCUAAAUUUCAUCCAGGCCGAACAGCAGGAAGUGUCUACUGAGACUCUAAGCAGGGAGAAAGAGGAAGUUGGGGAAGUGAUCUAUGAGAAGCUGGUGGAGCAAUACCCCGGUGAGGCAGCCAAGUUGACCGGCAUGCUGCUGCAGAUGGACUACAAGGACCUGGUUCGUGUAAUCGCUGAGCCUGACCUCUUCCGGAAGAAGGUGAAGCUGGCCCUCAGUGUGCUCAAGUCUGGCCAAGACAUUAAACAACCACCACCACCACCUGUCUGAUAUAUAUGAGGGCAUCAUAGUACUGCAAGCAAAACUCUACCUGAUGUUGCCCAAGGGAUUGGUUGCCUCAUCAACAGCUGAAGUGAUGCACCAGCUGGAUGGGACCAGAUUAUCGUGGUGGCAACUUCAAUCAUUGUCCUGUGCUUGACAAUUUUUGUCUUCCAAGGUUGUGGCUUGUUCAGCUGCUGAGAAAGUGGCAGUAUUAGAGGCAGCUUCAUAUCAUAUUCUCUAUCUCAGUAUCUUCAUCUCACCUCACAUCACCUCACUUCACUUCACUUCUUUCCAGUAACCCAAAGGAUGUUACCACAGUAUGUAUAUUUACCAUAGUUUCAUGCCACAGUCCAUGCUGAAACCAGUUUAUAUUUUUUUCUCAUGAAAGUCAAUGCAUGUAACCCCUUGAGCAAAUCCAUUCCUGCACUUCACAAAGAAUAACCACAUCUCUUUAAUCUGCAUAACGGUGGACACACACUCAUGCAGACUGGUAAAUUAUGAGAUAAUGGAAUUACUGCUCAAAUUAUUGCAGAUAUGCCUUGAUAUGAGUGAUAUAAAACAAGUAUGGGUGAGUGAUAUAAAACAAGUAUGGGUAUUUUUUUUUCCAACAGAUGCCUUCCCUGGCUUUUCCUUUGCUUGGCUACUUUUAAUUUAUCACGUUGUUGGUGUUACAUGCCUGUUUUCUUAGCAUUUCUUGUUUGAGGUGGCAAUGGAAUACAGAAUCUAUAUAAAUUCAGAAAUACUAUAAAGUUCAUACACUAAUUGCUAUAACUGUCAAUCACUCAACCACUGGAAGCAUGUGCCAGGGCAGCUGAAUGAACUAUAGUACAUCCACCUUCACCCUUCCAAGUUCCUUUGACAGAUGACCCAGUCAGUGAUCCUCCUUGAGGCUUGUGAUGUUCCAUUGCCCACAACCAAGGCUUGGUUACAUGAGUAAGCACCACUUCUUCACCGUCCCAACCGUCUCUUAAACAAUUUUUCCUACAUCAGUACAGUAUACAAAAAAAAACUCACAAAGCAUAAAAUAAAAUACCUGUGUGGACCACCUUCUCCUUAGUGAUAUCCUUGAAUCAACUUUCUUGGCAUAAGAAAUUCAAAUUUGGAGUUUUUGGAUUUAAUUUCUGGUGUAGAAAAUUUGGACUCAGGAUUUUUGGACCAGUGUAGUUUGAAUCAACAGACGUUUACUGUACACAUUUUUCUAUCUAAAAAUUGUAAAUAAUAUAAUUUUAUAAUUUUAAGUACAUACAGAAAAAAAUGUCAUUUUACUGAAAAUAAACUAUUAAAAAGAAAA